AUGGUGUCAUUGGAAGAUUUUAAGAAGAAGCUUUGUGAAUAUUUAACGUUCCCGGAUGGGACAGAAAAUGAACAUAUCGUAAUAGCAAGUUCAAGUUCCCAGAGUGCAACAAUAGAAAGUGAUACGGUGGAGAUUACGACAGAGCGUAAAGUUAUUCAAUUUUCUGCUGACGAGGAUUUAUUGAGAAUUAUCUGGACUACUAACCCCAAGGUGGAUCUGGAAAUUGUUGUGGAUACGUCGCAACAACCUUUCUCUUCGUAUACUUUCUUCUCGCUGAUAGCUAUGAUCAAUUACCAUGUAUUGAGAUUGGAAGUUCAGCAACUUCAGAAGAGAUCAGGAACAGUGUGA